AAAAGCGGUGAAAGUGUUGCUACACUUCCAGCAUUGUUAUAACACUUUAGUUUACUGUGCAGAUAUUUAAAAAGAGGAGCGGUCGAAGCAGAGAAAUUAGACGAAAGUACUGGAACGAGGUCGUUGUCAAGCUUUUGCCGGACUCGGAUUCGGAUUCGGAUUCAGAAUCGGAUUGGGAGUCGCACCGAAAUUGAGAUACGAGGCCCAGAGAGCGACAUGUGCUGGCUGGAACGCCCCGCUAAUUGGAUCGCGGGAUCGGUGGAGAGCUUUGCCGCGUUAUUGGGGUCUUCGUCAUCACAGAUUGGCGAUCUUAGUGGGCAGAAAGCUCGAGAUAUGCGAGCUCCAAGCAUCGAACGAGUUGUGCGAUUUUCGCCCAAAACGAAAGUUAGUUACGCCAUCAGCCAAAAUCACCGAAUCCAAGUGUCCAAGUGAGACGUAUAAAGCGACGGAUUCGCAGUGGCUGGCCGACCACUUGACAGACGUUCGUCGCACCAAAUGGAGGCGCCCUUUUCGCUUUGGUUGCUCUUUUCGUUUUGGCUCGGGGUGACGGCCCUGGGACACAAAAGCUACCUGGCGGGGGAGCAGCGACCCCUCUGGAUACUCGAGGACGGGCUGGCCAAGAGGCAGCGGCAGGAUCGUCGGGAUGCGGACUACGAAACGACCACCAGGCUGCCAUCGCUGAUGAUGCGCCGCCAGGGAAGAAGAAAGAAUGGAGGCCAGGAGAGCCCUGAAGUGGCACCCAUUACCUUUCUGGUGAGGCACGAGGAUCGGGAUGGGGAUGGAGAUAGGGAAAGGGAUAGGGAUCGAAAUCGGGUUGCCACGCCCCCUGCGAGACUCAACAACCUGCCGCAGCGACGCUUCAUGAUGCCACGGCGCGUGCAGCUGCCGCAUCAGUACGUGCAGCCCGUCCAGAAAACCAGGAUAGCUCCGAAGCGACGAGAGGGUCGUCGCCAGCUGCCCGUCUUCGACAAUGCUCCGGGGGAGAACUCCCUGCAGCUGGACAGGGAGAGGGACAACUACCCGAUAUUCGUUUACAACGGCACCAGGGGCGAGCUGAUCCUGAACACCAUGCUCAGCCGGAGGCGAUAUCCCAUGCAGGAGCCGGUUCCCGGCCAGGUUCUGUAUCCGCCGGCGACGCCGAUGUUCCGACCCAAGCCGAUCGUGGAGCGGUUCCGUCUGCCGGGGCAGCGAGAGCUGAUGAACCUCACUCUGAUUCCCUUCUACGCCCACGAGGCCAUCGGAGAUCCCGGCCAGACGAGCACCACCCCCAGCUUCCAGCUUCCAACCACCACAACUACGCCGACGCCGCCAACUCCGCCGCCGUACGAGACACAGCUGCCCAGGAUCGAGGAGAUGGCCAAGUACGGCAAGCGGAAGCGCAAGAAGGCCAAGCAGUACGAGGCCUUCCACUCGCCCCAGGAGGUGAUGCAGUGGCAGACCGUCCUGCGACGCUCCACGGGCCACAACGACAAUCAUCGCCACUACGGCAGUGCUAAUGCGGAACUGGCGGAGCACCAGGAGCACCACCAUCUGGAAGAUCCAAGUGAAAGUAAUCAAGAGGAUGCAGAGGAGGAGGAGGAGGAGGAGGAGGAGGACUGGCCAAUGGAACAGGAGCUCGAAACGGAGGUGGAGUUGCCCGAAACCUCAACUGCCAGCAGCAGCAGCGAACCCUUCCAGAUCGUCUACUUCGAUGAGAGCCUGGAGAGGCCAGUGGUGGGAUCCCUGACCAGCACCAGCACCACGCCGCCACCCGUUCUGCGGCAGAGCUCGCGCUACGCCCUCAAGAGGGAAUACUACGCCUUCCCGGUUUACACGCUGGGCAAACUCCUGCAGCCCCAGGGCAAGAAGCAGUCAUCCAAGAACCUGCUGGAGAAGAGCGACCGCUCGGCGAGAAGCUCCUCGGAGCGGGAGCCCAGCACUUGGUUCAUCCUGAAUUCACGCUACAAAGGACCUCACCAUCGCUCGCUGGGAGCGGACAACCAGACCAAGUACUACACCUCCAAGUACGUGGAGAACGGCUUCAGACCCCGCAGAUAAAAGAUCUCCUUAAUCCUGGCCGGGUCCGAAGAGUCCAACGCCUUCUGGUGGCCGAAGGCAACGAGUGAAACGAGGCAGCCGAGCGGAGGUCCGAUGCUCCAGC